GAUACCAAACAAUAUCAAUAUUUACGUGGAUAUGGUUCCCUUUAUCCGUAUAUUACUGUCGAACUGUUCCAAUUUUUUGGGUUAUUCCAGUUUUUAUUGCCAACAGUAUUGGAACAGCGCUAGCAUUUUUAGGAUCUCUAAAUCAUGAUAAUAGUAAUUGGUUACCAGAAUAUUUUUUAGCUUGUGCACUUUUUGGUUUUGGAAUGAAUAUUUUAUUAUGUAUUAGUCUGCUUUUUGAUAAAUUUGCUCAAAAUGAUACCAAACAAUAUCAAUAUUUGUGUGGAUAUGGUUUCCCUUGUCCUUUCGGAACAACAUUAGCAUUUUUAGGAUCUUUAAAUACCAAUGAUUCUAAUUGGUUACCCGAGUAUUUCUUAUUUGCUGCAGCGCUUGGUUUUGGAAUGAAUAUUUUAUCAUGUAUUAGUCUAGCUAUUGAUAAAAUGGCUCAAAAUGUAUUCAAAGGAUGGCCCAGAUUUCUUGUUUUUCCCUGUAUCUGGACAGGUUUGUAA